AUGUCGCUUCACAUUACAAUCGUCGGUGGUGGAAUUAUCGGUUUGACUACAGCAUGUACUAUUCUAAAAGACUAUUCAUCCUAUCCACAGCUACAACUAGUAAUCAUCAGUGAACGUUUCUCACCGGACACAACAGCCGAUAUAUCGGCAGGCUAUUGGGAACCCUAUGGCCUUGAGACGAUCGAUGAACGAACUCUCCGUUGGGCUGGUUAUACGUAUGAUAUAUUCAUGAGCGAAUUCUUCUCGACAAAAGCAGCUCGUGCGGGCAUUAUGAAAGUACCUGCAUAUACUCUAUACGGUUACAAUGGUCAAAAUAAAGGCAAAAAUACGUCGAAGCCGAAAUUUUCGACAUUAGUUCGACAUUUUCGAAUGUUAGAUGAAUGUGAAAUGAGUAUGUUUGAUCAUCUCAAACCAACAUCUGGCUUUGUCAUGUCCACGAUUGCUGUUGAAGUUCGAUGCUAUCUUCAUGAAGUACGUCGUUUUCUUGGACAAGAUCCACGAGUGAAAUUUAUUCAUAAAAGAGUUUCGAGCUUUCAAGAAUUAACCCAUCAAACUGACUUGAUUGUUAAUUGUACAGGUUUAGGUGCGCGACAGCUGGUCAAUGACCAUACUGUUCGACCGGCACGCGGACAAAUCAUUCGUGUUCAAGCACCAUGGAUAAAAGCCGUUUAUAACUUUGAUACCGAUGAAGGUGAAGGAUAUAUCAUUCCGCAGAUGAACUGUGUUGUGCUAGGUGGUACAUUUCAGUUAAAUGAUUGGAAUACAGCAACAGUUAAAAGUGAUACAAAGAAAAUUCUUCGAAUGUGUUCGAAAUGCUUGCCAGCGUUGGAACAAAUUCAUCAUGGGAAAGUUCAAGUCGGACUUCGACCCUAUCGGGAUGAUGGCGUCCGACUCGAACAUGAAAAAACAAGCGAUGGAAUGGAUAUUGUUCAUUGCUACGGUCAUUCUGGUUCGGGCGUAACACUUUCAUGGGGUUGUGCGAGAGAUGUUGUGGAAAUCAUCAAAACACUGCUACCGAUUGUCGAAACCGAACAAUCGAAAAGUGAGACUGGAAUGCCAUUACAUGAACAACUGUGGCGUUUAGUUGAAUACAAAAACACUAAUUAUCUGCGAUCGAAAGUUUAA